ACCCUUUCACUUUAUCUCUGCCAUAUAAAACUUCACACAUCGAACCUCUAUCACGUCACCUUGCAAUGAAAUUAUUAUGCUCGCAAUCAUACAUUAAUAUUUAACAUAAAUUCAGAGCUCGUCAGCAGAAGUGGGUGUGUGGAUUUUCCCCGCACUAUUGGCGCUCAAAACUCGGUUGCAGUUGAAUAGUUUGUUCGAAAACAAAAUUAAUUUAAACUUUUAAGUCUUAUAGAGAGAAAACACUCCUGGUUCAUGAACUGAAAAUCAUACACACAUAUAUAUAUUCGCAUCUAUCUAUCUAAUAUAUAUAUAAAUGUAUGUAUGUGUGUUCAAUAAUUGUACUACAGAACUUUCGGAGUGUUUCGUAUGGUCUGUCUAGGUCCUAAAGAGUUAUUAUCAAAGAUAUUGUGUCGCUAGGUAUACACUGCUAAGUGUGUCCUUUAUUUCUGAUAAUAGACUGUGACUUAAGAAAAAUGUAGCUGCUAUUUCUAGUGAUGACAUAAAGCUUUGGCUUUGUAGGUAAGAACAUUAUGCAGACAAUUUACAUUGAAAUACUCGGUAGAUAAAACAGCUCUAAUUGGUGACUAACAUUUCUUGUUUCAUCGGUAAACACAGUAAGGCUGCUUCGGGUGGGUUUCAUGCCUUUUUUAAAUGAUACUUCACGAAGUGUAGCCUCUCUGUAAUUUUACAUAAGCAGUAGCUAAGAAAUCGAUAUUUAAUAACAAAUGUUGGUAUGGAAGAAGAGAAACACUGAAAGAUUAAAUUUGUGUUGGACUUUAUGCUCUGACAGUUAAAGUGUAAUUCAACAGUUAUUACAAACUACUUCAAGAAGAAACAUUCAACACUCUGCUACAGGAGAGAAUCUUCAUUUGCAAUGCAGAAACAGUGGAAAAUACUUAUCUUCAUUGUUAUUUCCUUAAAAUGUUGUGUCACAGCGCCUAUUGACAUACGUGAAGAAAUUAGCAAAUAUAAAGAUGUUGCUGACAAAAUUAUUCAAUAUGCUGUCUAUGGUGCUGCCCAAAAUCAGUCUUACAACCGACUGGCCAAAUUCACUGAUAUGUUUGGAAAUAGAGUAGCAGGGUCUCAAAAUCUUGAGAAUUCAAUUAGUUACAUUCUUCAUAGUAUGAUGUCUGAAGGAUUAGAAAAUGUCCAUGGAGAACACGUAAAGGUACCACAUUGGGUGCGUGGUAAGGAAUCUGCUACUAUGCUGGAACCACAAUAUCAUGAAAUGGCCAUUUUGGGGUUGGGUAGCAGUAUAGCUACUCCUAAGAAUGGCAUCAAGGCAGAAGUACUUGUUGUCAACAGUUUUGAAGAAUUAAGAAAGAAAGCACAAUUGGCUGAAGGUAAAAUUGUUGUUUUCAACCAAAAAUGGAUAAGUUAUGGAGAAACAGUUAAAUAUCGGUCCCAAGGGGCAAGUGAAGCAGCCAGAGUUGGAGCUUUAGCCAGUCUUAUCAGAAGUGUUACACCCUUUUCAAUCUAUAGUCCUCACACAGGACAUCAGGCUUAUAGUGAAGGUGUCCGUAAAAUUCCUACAGCCUGUAUAACUGUUGAAGAUGCUGAUAUGAUGGAGCGUAUGUCUAAACGAGGAAGUAAAAUUGUUGUAGUCUUGAAGAUGUCAGCUCAAACACUUAACUCUACUGAUUCCAGAAAUAUUGUUGCUGAAGUUGUAGGUCACAAGUACCCUGAACAGACUGUUUUAGUGAGUGGCCAUAUUGACAGCUGGGAUGUUGGUCAAGGAGCCAUGGAUGAUGGGGGAGGUGCCUUUAUUUCCUGGCAGGCUCUAACAAUUCUUCAUGAAUUGGAUCUGCGGCCUAAAAGAACUGUUCGAGCUGUUUUAUGGACUGCUGAGGUAAGGUAUUUCUUUUUCCAUACAUCCAAGGAAUUUAUCCAGGAAAGGGCAACAAGGAAGGAGGUGGGAGAGAGGGGCUUCCAUAUACUCUCCACAGACAACUUAGAGGGAGCCCUAGCUGAUAUGUGGCAGAAUAUGUGUUUCAUUAACUUGGGCAAGGUAUACAGAAGCAUAUCCCUGAUGUUUGAAACCAAGAAUCAGGCUGAGUUGGUGCAUCAUAUGUCUAUCCACUCAGCUGACAAAAUCACAAAACUCAUAAAAGUUAAACGUGUGAAAUUGAAUAGAAGAGAGCGGAAGUUGAAUCAGCUGAAAUUUUGCAAAAUCUGCCAGGAAAAACAGUCAUCCAUUGGUAAUAACGCCAGAAAUUAUAGUUUAGUGAUGGAAUCAGAUGAAGGCACAUUUACACCAGAAGGGUUAUAUUUCACAGGAAGCAAAGAAGCUGGAAUGAUAAUGAAAGAAGUACUCCUUUUACUGAAGCCAAUUAAUGCCAGCCGGCUAGUCAACAGCAAAGUCUCUGGGGAUAUUAUCUUUUGGGUGAAUGAAAAGGUUCCUGGAGCUACUUUGAUGAACAAAAAUGGAAAAUACUUCUAUUUUCAUCAUACAAAUGCGGAUACAAUAACUGUACAAGAUCCUCAUCAAAUGAACUUGUGUGCUGCAGUAUGGGCUGUAGUGGCUUAUGUUGUUGCUGACCUUCAGAACUUGCUGCCUGUAUAAAUGGAAUACCUUCUUUUCACUCUUUGAUAAUGAUUUCCUAACAUUAAUAAAAAAAAAAAUUUUUUUAAACUUAGAAGUGAUUCUCUCCCCUAAAUAACAUGCUCUCCUCUUAAGUAGCAAUUCCCAAUAUUUCGACUAUAUCUUAAAAUCUUUUAACUGAAAGUUCAACAGUUUUUAUUAUCGAUUGUUUACAUCUUUCUCUUUUAAUUUAUCUCCCAUCUUUAUUCCAUUUUUUCUCAUUAAAUUCAUCAGUGUUUAUUGGAUCUUUGAUUUUAGGAAGAUCUUCUAAAGACUACUUGCUCUGUGACUUGGUUUAUAUCAAAAAACUUUUGCGGAUUAUUCGUAUUAAAAAUGUUAUCCUUACCACAAA